GCACCAUCCAAAUACGCUACAAGAGACCUCCCGCUUAUACAAUGCGACCAGCAGCUCGGCCUCCAUACCAACCUUGGGAUCAGUGGACUCCACCACCUAAUAUGUACUGUCCUCCGAUACCAGGCAAACGGAAUCCAGCUUACACUCUAGGCUAUAUGCCUAGAGAUCUCAAGAUGCAAGAAUUUCCAGGCCCAGGUGAACAUGAUCCUAAUUACAAAUAUGUGAAACACGCCAAGCCAGCUUUCUCUUUCGGAGCACCGUUUAAGUCACUCAAACCACCUAAGUCCCCUGCUCCGAAUACAUACUGCGAGAAAAAGUUUAUGGUGGAGAAGAGGACAAUGCCUGCACCAUCAUUUGGUAUUCGCCACACUGAGUACUUAGGGAAGCAAGAUGAAUACUUGAAAUCGUCCAAACUAGAUAUUUUCACCAGCGACUGA